AUGAGUGGACCAAGGAUCCUGCUAGCCGAGCCUGGGACGAGCCGACGAAGGAAGCAGCACAGGGUACAAGUACGGGGUACUCCGUACAAAGCACUAGCUUUCCCCUCCGUGGGAUGGGGUACCAAGUGGCCCGCGAGAUCUAGGUCGAGGAAGUCGCCUCGUUGUUCUCCUGACUGGCCACUCGAAAAGAUCCCAACACUCUGGCUGGGCCGUGCUGCCAACCUUGUUGCCUCAAGCCUAGGUCUUGGCCGUCGAUAUGAUGGUACGCUAAUACUUCUAAGUCAGUUUCGAGCAAAUGCGAAGAGCACGCCGUUCCAGGUAAGCUCGCGAGUUUUUGGACGGGUCGACUACAGAGAUCUCAAGUCGAAAACCCCACGCUCGAAAAGUGGCCUGCCGGCAUCACAACCAUGCUGGCGUAGGAUACGAACCGGCACAGGCUCGUGCUUGGAGGCAGAAAACUCAGCGCCCAUGGCAACUCAGCGAGGAGCUCUCGGUGUGGCUGCGAUCACCGAACGGCGAAGUUCUUCGAGGCGAUGCUCCGCGACCCAACGUCGACGCAUCCUCGGUCGCCCGCCGAGGAAGUAUCUCACGACGGGCUGCCCACCCACGCUGAUCGCCGCCGAAGAGUGGGCUUGCACACACGCCCGGAGCGAUUGA